GGAUCCCUCUUGUCACACGAACACUUUGAGAAAUGUUCCUGCAACGCCAUUGAACGAAAAGGCAACUUUGAUCAUUCAGUUCCGAUUGGCAAGGCGAAGAAUGAUCCUGGCCUGGAGUGGUCCGAUAGAAUGGGGAGGAAGUUGUAGCUGCUCGUGGGUCGGGUGGUGUGGUAAAAGACGUACAAUGAAUCAUUGAGAUUCUUGAGUCUUUGGCUUGUCGACGGCCCUAAUUUGCAUAUCAUGAGAGAGAAUGCCCACGGAGAAACCCUCGUGGUAUAUGAGUGCCUCGGUGACUUGGUCAGCUGUGAAGAAAGAUCUUGGGCAGAAUGUGGAUCGUUCUGCAGCGCUGCUCGUGGUAUUAUUCGUUUCCUGUUGCUGCUUUGCAGAAGAAUGGAACACAAAUGCAGGCUCCCUGACGAGAGAAGUACCAUGGAUAUCGGUACACCCAGCAGAUUGAGUACCUCUUUGACGAGCAUAGUACCGGAGUUCAAUCUCUUCAGGGUCAAGGAGAAGUGGCUAGUGGCGGGCCCUUUGGUAGGUUCUUUCGGGAGCGGCUGGUUCUCUACAUACGGAAUCCCGGACUGGACCAAACGAGACGUUCCAGUCGGUGGAAGAAAGAAUGCCUCCUAUGCCUCCUCUUCUCAAGACUUUGGCAUCGGGGGCCUGUGUCUCCAUACUAAAGCUCAUAACCUCGGCCCGGAAAACAGCCAUGGUAGCUGUGACUUCGAUUCUGGUUGACAAGCCGCUGGUUGACGCGCCUGGUGUCGGUCCAGUUGUGCUUGGAGGGAAACUGCGCUUGUUCCAAGCUUCUCCAAUGCCUUGACUCUUUGAGAUAUUCCAGAACCUAGCUUUGUUUACAGUCGUG